GAUACUGGAAGGAUCAAAAACUGUCAUUCCACUUCAUGUUCCAAUAUUCAACCAUUCCAACGUUUACGUAUCUAUCUAAAGAACAUUCAAGACCAGAGCUCAUGCCCACUCAAGCUUCUGUUUGCAGUACCUAAUGUACCUUCACCAUCUGGAGAUCAUGUCUACUUUCCACCCCUUCCCACGCUUGCCUCUCGAGCUACGCCGAAGCAUAUGGGAGAUGAGCGUGGAACCUCGCGUGGUUGUCAUCAAUAAAACGGUCGUCAACGGGAUUGCGCAAAUCUACGGCGAUUAUUUCUGGUCUCCAACAAGGGUACCGUCUGCCCUCCAUGCUUGCAGCGAAUCUCGGUCGUAUCUGCAAAACAGUUAUUCAAAGGCUUUCAAGACGAGAACUCAUCCCCACUAUAUCUGGACCGACUUUGAUAACGACACUAUCUGGGCCAAGCCCGGAUACUUGCUAGAAAUUGUCGAGGAAUGGAACUCGAUACGUCAGUUGACCAUUGAAUGCGGAAACUUUGACAGAUUCUGGCAUUAUGACAUGGAAGACGUGCGUGCUCUCAAUGAUACAGGUCUUAGAACUCUUACUAUCAUUGAUAUGGCAAAACCAUCAGGUAAAGCCGAGGACUCCUGGUGGCAAGAUUGGAGUGAAAAUCUCAUGGUAGAAUUCUACUAUAAAUGCAAUCCGAUGCCAUUCUACACGAGAGUGAUCGCACCGAGCGAUCCGCGUGGGAUUGAGGUCAACACGGGAAACUAUAUCAACCUGUACCGGAGUAAUCGGAAGGCUGCGGAGGCGGCAGAUACUGAUCUCGUGGAUCUCUACGAAUCCGAGUCAGAGGAUGGAAGGGAGCGACUUUUUGAGCCCUGGGAACAUACGGAGUCCUGCGGAUGCAUUUAGCACUAUAGUGAUCAACCGAGAAACUACUAAAAGUAUUGCUUACACAUAAGACGCAGCUGCUUGAAAUCUCCCGCGUAUAGAAGCUUAUAUACUCAGGGGGAAACUUUCGCAGCAAUAUGGUGGACUUGGCAUGUAGAACUGUGCUGAUUAAUAACUGGGCGCUUCUCCAAUUACAUGACUGAUUUCCG